AUACCCACAUGCCGCAUCCUGCUUCAACCCUUGUCGUGAUAGGUUGCUGCUCAAGACUGGAAAAGGGCUGUGCGCGAGGCGGGGGGGUUCACAGGCCGGAGGGGAAGGCGGCUCUUGAUGGAAAUUUCGUCACGCCUUGUCCCGGACGUUGGGCCGCGGAUGAUGUUGCGGGUUGCGAUGGAGAUGGGACCGGGCGAGGAGUUGGGAGAAUGCUGCGAUGAUUGGACCGCCCGUUGAGAGGCGGUGAAUCGUCGACAAUGCCGGAACCCGGAGAAUUGCGGGACUAGUCGUCCGGUGUGGAGACAACCGCCAGGGAUGCCUGAGGGUGACGGCCACAACGAUCGAAAGCGGUAGGCAUGAUGAGCCGAGCUGCGCAAAAACCACAUCAGGGCCACGAAUUCGAUCUCCCUCGUGCCUUCCCUAAUAGGGCCUCCAGCAUCGCGUAACCUGGAGCAGGCUACCAGGUCACGAUGGCACCUACCAGCGGGCUGGUGGCCGGUGAAGCCCAGGGCAGCACUGGCAGGUUCGAGGAAGGCAUUCGGGAGAUGCGGCGCCGGGCCUUUUGUCACCAUCAUCACCAGACCGGUCACGGCAAGGUUGCAGUCAGCUAUUCGUACAUUGGUCACCCAGGGCCCGGGGCCCGGGGCCAACGACAAAGACGCCACACCUCAAACUUUCUCUGCCCGGUUGCGGAAAAAGCGCAUCGGACCGAAAUCAAGCGAGAAACAGCACAACACGAGCUCAGUUCAAGAAGAAAGCGAAAAGCCAAGGGGGCGGACGGCAAAAAGAAGCGGCUACAAACACGCAACCCCUUGAGCCAACGGGGUCCUCAACACGACACCCGCUUGCCAUCGGUCAAUGUUGUGCAACAUCGCGAUGUCUCGGAGGGAGCUCGAUUCGAGCGCUUCGGUAAUUUAACGCCGACAAUUGCGGCAACUGCUGAGAGACGGGGAGCCCCGGAGACCAGCCGACUUGUUGGUGCCCCGCGUGGCCGGCGUGGCCAAGCCAUUGAGCAAUCGCGGAGCUCGGAAUCACCAGCCCACCCUUUCCAGGUUAUCCCGUGCCACAAGUCGGCCAAGGGGAUGUUUGCUUUUUUCUCGCCCUCAUUUGCCAGCGCUGGUUACAACUCAGAUCCCGAUGGCUGGGCGUGCUCACUCUGA